AAAUACACACACGCACGUACACACAAACACACGCACGCACACAAACACACGCGCAUACACACACACAGUAUAUUGCGGUUAUUGUGAACUCAUUGAAUCGACUGAAAGCUUUGCUGGAAAGAGUUGUGCAGUUGUCUCCCUUAACACCAUUCACCAACAUCAAAUCACUCAAGGUCAAACCAUGGAAACUGCCCAGAUCUAUUAUUUUUUCAUGGACAACUCAACAGAUAGAAUCAUAUUCAGUUUUGUGGGCAUUCUCCUCAGCAUCUAUGCGCUUUAUGUAGAAAUCCGGAAAGAAGCAGAUCCAACUUUCAAAGCUGUUUGUGAUUUGGGUAACAAUGUUAGCUGUUCAAAAGUUUUGACAUCAAAAUAUGGACGAGGUUUUGGGAUUGUUGAAGCAUUGGUUGGAAAAGAAAAUUUCAUGAAUGUGAGAAACUGUAAUCUUGGAAUCCUCUUCUAUGCAGCACAGAUAAUCUUGAGUUUUUUUCCUGGUUAUAUACCAAUUUACAUGCUUUACUGGUCUGCUUUGAUCUCGGUGCUUGGCUGUGUAUAUUUGGCAUAUAUUCUUGUCUUUGUGCUCAAAGACCUCUGUAUCUUGUGUAUGGCAACCUAUGUCAUCAAUGCAUGUAUUCUGGUUUUAAACUAUUCUGCCUACAACAAAAUGACUGUUUAAUCCCGUUUAACAAACAAUCAUGGCUCCCGAAACAAUCAAAGAAAGAAAUAAAGAUUUUGCAUAAUUGACA